GUAACAUUUUAUCCAUUAUCUUAAAACAAAACUAAAAUUAUCUAUUGACCUCAGAAAGUGUAAACCCAUUACUUGUUGGACCAAUUUUUACUAUCGGAUUGCGUUUAUGUAUUUUAACAUUAAUAUCCAAUCCUCUGUAUAUGCAAGAUGUCACAUAGAGAUGACUACACAUAUGAUGUAGAGCAACAAUUACCCCUUCCUGAAUUCUUCAGAAAUUACAGUGACAAACUACCGGUACUGGUGAUUGUGACAGAUGGAUUCUGUGGCGAGACAAAGAAUGACGAGUAUGCAUAUGCUGAGAUAAUUCGUUUACACAAAACCUGUCAGCAGCUUAGAGUACUAGGCAAGUUGUCGGCUCACGAUUCUGCGAAAGAGGAGUUCCUUAGUAUACCUGUCGAUGGCAGCUGUAUGUUUUCGGAUGUAAAAAAAUCAAAACAAGUUGGGAAACCAAAACUAAUGUUAGAGUUACUAGCAAAGAAAGAAUUACCAUUCCAUGUCCGCUAUGCUAGCUCCUCUGAUGGAGUAAUUACACCUACUUUGCUGGAGUGUAUUAAAGGAGUUGAUAUACUGUUAAUGAAGACUUAUAUAGAAGAUUUUUUUCUGGGAAACUGUUUGCAACAAGAAGUGCUUUCGCCUAUUCCAUCAAUUGUAGCUCUGUGUCCAAAUAUUUCGUUGUCCAUCAUCACCGGAUAUGCCAAUAAAUCACAAGAUCAAUUUAAUGCAAAACUAUGGUCUAUGGAGGCUUUUGUUCAGCGAAACAUCACGUUUUAUGAGGGUUCAUCAGGUGUGUAACUAAAUUUCAUUUUUCUUGUGAAUCACUUAAUUUUUGUUUCUGCAUAAAAGUGAUAUAUGAGAC